UUGAAUAGAUACGGAGUAUACAUAUGAUAAUAUAGAACGAAUGUUAAUCAGUCGAUAACGGUUCAUUGAGUUUAAUGCCGGAAAAAACUGUUCUAAGAUUUAAAUGAGUGUUACGUAUACUGAAUAGGCAGAAAUGACACAUCAAAUUAAUUAUCGAAACUAUAAUUUCUUAUAAGUAACGGUGAAUAUGUCGGUAUUUUCCACAUUAAAAAUAUCAGAUUUAAAAUCAUUUUACUAAAAUACACUCUAUUCUUCACACUAAUUUCUCAUAAACAUGUUUUCCAUUAUGAACGACAUAUGGUCAAUAAUAGAAAAUAUCAUAGCUGAAUAUCUUGAUGUGGAUUUUACAUGGUUGUCAUGGCUGUUAAUGCCAUUUUUUAUAACAUUUCUACUACCAUUUGCGAUCGUACUGCUACUAUAUUUAAAUUGCUUGAUAUUAUAUGUCUACAAGUUGCACAGGGUUAAGCUAAGAAAUGCCUAUGGUACUGACUGGCGAAAUGCAGCACGUUAUACAGUUGCAGCUGUCUGGGAUGCACAUGGAUGGAUUUGGCAUGGAUAUGAAGUUGUGGGUUUAGAAAAUAUCCCACAAGAUAAACCAGUAUUAUUUGUAUAUUAUCAUGGAGCUCUCCCAGUUGAUCUAUAUUAUUUUAUAGCCAAAAUAUUUCUAUUUAAUUCAAGACUAGUCCAUACAGUAGCAGAUCGAUUUCUCUUUAAUAUUCCUGGAUGGUCUAUACUUACUGAUGUUAUGAGAGUAAUACCUGGUACUGUUCAAACAUGUUCUAAUAUUUUAAAAGAUGGAAAUAUGCUUGCUAUUUCUCCGGGUGGUGUAUACGAAGCUCAAUUUGGCGAUUCUUAUUAUCAACUCAUGUGGAAAAACAGAGUGGGUUUUGCCAAGGUGGCCCUUGAUGCAAAAGUGAGUAUAGUACCACUUUUUACGAAGAAUGUUAGAGAAGCAUUUAGAACAGUAAGUUGGGGAAGAAGGAUGUGGUCAAAAAUAUAUGCCAGAACAAGAUUGCCAAUAGCACCAGUCUAUGGUGGCUUUCCAGUAAAGAUGAUAACGUAUGUAGGUGAGCCGAUCCCAUAUGAUAGAAGUCUCACACCUGAAGAUUUGAAAACAAAGGUUGCUGAUUCUCUCAGAGAUUUAAUAAGGAAACAUCAGAGAAUACCUGGUAACAUAACAUGGGCUUUGUUUGAAAGAAUACGUAAGAAAGAGAUAUCACCAAGAAGUAAAGAGCAUUAAUGAUAAUCUCCUUUGAUGUACUUAAUGUUUUUAAUUUAAUUAAUUGUCCAGUUUUAAGAAAUAACUUUUUAACAUUAUCAUUGGACAGUUUUGUAGCUAU